AAUGAAGUUGUAUUAUGACUACGAUAAUUUGAUGAUGAAAAUGGAACGACAAGAUGGUACAACUAUCGUGCAGGAUUUUAAUCACAAAAAGCAGUAUAUACUGUCUGGAAAAUCGUGUAGUAAAAAUGACUUACCAAAUGGAUCAAAUAUGCAGCCACCAUGCAUACAAAGCAAUGCUACAUACAGAGGAAGGAACACUAUCGGUGAUGACGUAUCUUAUGACGUGGAUACAUGGUUUAUUGAGAGCUCCUCAUGGGGAAACCUCACAGUAUCUGUAAUGGCACAUGAUUGUACCCUGGUAGUGCAAGGAAUCAGUAAAAAUGCAAACAAUGGUUAACUUUCUCUCAAUUUAGUUUAUCGUUAACUGGUUUAAUAAUUUCAACAUUUUAAUAGCGAACUUCCCCGUUUUCAGCCAUUAUAUACCCUUUGGUCCAUUGUUUAGUGUUUAAAUAUCUUAAUUGAAACGUAACGCUAGUGCAUGUUCAUGAUAUACGGACUUCGUGAGAA